AUGCGCAUGAUCCCCACCAUCGAAUACACGUUCAAGGUCUCGGCGGAGGCCAUCGAAGCUCCGAAGUCCGGUGUGGUCGAAAAACCUCAGCAAGGCGCCUCGAGUGACUUUGGAAAUUCGGAUACCUGGAAGACGUUCAAGUGCUCGGCCGAGGCGACGAACAUGGAAAGGAAGGCUGCUACGGAAGGACAUGAACAAGACUCGUCUCUUCAGUGCGGCAAUUCCAAUGUUUCGAAGACGUUCAAGGUCUCGGCGGAGGCCAUCGAAGCUCCGAAGUCCGGUGUGGUCGAAAAACCUCAGCAAGGCGCCUCGAGUGACUUUGGAAAUUCGGAUACCUGGAAGAUGAUCACCAUUUCAUUGAAUCAAAAUAGCUACAAAUCGUCGGCCGAAGCUGAAGCCGUGCCAAAGAAGGAUACUUCGGAAGGACCGCAGCAAGGGUCGUCGAGUGACGACGGCAAUACCAACGUUUCGCAGAGCUACAAAUCUUCGUCUGAAGCUACGGAUGUGGCGAAGAAGGGUACUACCGAAGGACCGCAGCAAGACUCGUCUCAUGCUACGAUGAAGGAUGAAGAUGAGGAGGAGGAGGAGGAGCUGGAGGACGAUUCAAAGAAGAAGCUU